GUACUCCGUCCCCUUUUUUCUUUUAUCUCACUUUCUCACAAACCCUAGAUACAAAGUUUCCUCCGCUCCGCUGCUUCAUUCGUCUCCUUCAAGCUUGAAUGAUUUAGGGUUCAAUAAUCAGGUAUUUAUUUGUUUAUAUGUUGAUUUCACUUUUUGAUUUCACUGUAAUCUUCUCUCAACCUCAUCGAUCAAGAAAAUCCACAAACCCUAAUCUCUGUCGCCGCUGAUCAAGAAAAUCCACCACUAUCUCUUACGAUUUCAUUAACAUCUGAUGAAGCUAAAUUGGAGAUUAUAUUAUGUGGAAGCAUGGAGUUCAACUCUCCACGUUCUCUCACUAGUUUAUGGAUAUUGUUGGUGCUUCUUCCCUGUCAAUAAUUUCAUCUUUAUUAUUAUGAUAAUAUGGAUUAGAUCUGACAAACUCAUUGAGUUUGGGGGACGAAAGAGAGUGACGGUGGUGAUGAUUUGGUUACAAACUUCUAUACGGUGGUGACACUGGAUGAUCGGACAAGAUCGGAAUCAACUGUAUACAUCUCCUUCGAUUGGUGGCUAGAGAUGCUUUGCAGAGAGAUAAUGUUAAACAUCUAGGGUUUGGGAGUAUAGAUGGAUUCAUCAAAGUAUGUUUUUUCUCCUUUCAUUAAGAAAUCAGAGCUUUCUUUGAAGAUGAAGGAGUUGCAGCACAGGUUGGAUUCUCAUGUUCCCAACAUUUUGUGCAGUAUUCUAAAGCGGGUACCAAACAGUGCACUUUGGCUUUUGAGAUUCCCAGAUGCUGGUGAAAUGAGACUUUGUGCCUAUGCUGCUGCACUGGGUGUGCAGCCGGACCAGAUUAUUUUCACUGAUGUUGCUAUGAAAAACGAACACAUCCGGCGCAGUUCUUUGGCGGAUUUAUGCCUCGACACGCCGUUAUGCAAUGCACACACAACAGGCACUGAUGUUCUUUGGGCCGGUUUGCCUAUGGUGACCCUAACCCUCGAGAAAAUGGCAACUAGAGUUGCAGGUUCGAUCUGCUUAGCCACCGGAGUUGGCGAGGAUAUGAUUGUCAACAGUAUGAAGGAAUAUGAAGAUAGGGCGGUGUAUUUAGCUUUAAACCGGUCAAAGCUUCAAGAGUUGACCAACAAACUUAAAUUAUCGCUCCUUAGCUGUCCUCUGUUUGACACAUCCCGCUGGGUGAAAAACCUGGAGAGGUCAUACUUCAAGAUGUGGAAUCUACACUGUUCAGGGCAACAACCUCAGCACUUCAAAGUGACCGAGAAUGACUCAAAGUAUCCUUAUGAUCGUUAAUGGUUAGGUGAGGCGUGUUGACAAGUAAGAAGAUAAUGUAAAGCGUUAUUAUUAUUACACUGAGGUUGUUUAGCAGGGCAGUGUAGAGCAGGCUGCUUCUUCAACACUUGCGUUUUCUACGUAUCUUUCUUAUCAAAUCCACCACCCUUAAUUGUGUUCUUCCAGUUCAGAACAUGGAUUUGAUUUAAGGGAUUUGGGUUAAGAUUUGAGUUUAUGGAUUUGAUUUAAGGGAUUUGGGUUAAGAUUUGAGGUUUGUAGUU